ACAAAGCUGAAAAUCUACAGCAAACCCAGACCCAGGAUGUGAGCAUCUACUUAAGUGACCACAUCUUCCACAACCGAACUGGACGACACUCAUUUUCUUCAUUCCUAUCCACUUCUGCUCUCCAAGAGAAGCUAUCUUCUCUACAAGACCUAGAGAGACACCGGGAUUCAUGUGAGGUGUAAUUCCAUCAUUCUGGAAGAUUCUUGGUGCUUCUGUUCUGCCUCUAGAUCCAAUAUUGAAGCAUUUCUGAAAAAGAACCAUGGCCUCAAGCACAGCUACCAAGAAGAUGAAGGAGGAAGUCACCUGCUGUAUCUGCCUGGAAAUGAUGAUUGAGCCCAUGAGCAUUGACUGUGGGCACAGCUACUGUCACUUGUGCAUAGUGGGCAUCGUGGAGAACCAGUGCUAUAGGACAAUGCAGAGGGUAUUCCACUGUCCCCAGUGUCGGGCACCCUUUAAGAAGGAGAGCCUCCGGCCCAACAAGCAGCUGCAAAACCUCAUAGAGACCAUUAAGGAGGUGGGCCAUGAACAGUUGUGUGAGAAACAUGGAGAGCAGCUCCACCUUUUCUGUGAAGACGACGACCAGCUCAUCUGCUGGCGCUGUGAGCGGUCACCACAGCACAAAGGACAUGUCACAGCUCUUGUUGAAGAUGUCAGCCAGAGCUUCAAGGAAAAGCUCCAAGAUGCUGUGACAAUACUGAAGGACACAAAAGACCAAUAUAACAAUCUGAAGUGGUUCACCAGAAAGCAAAUAAGUGAUUGGGAGGAAAAGAUAGAGCAUCAAAAACAAAAAAUACAUGCUGACUUUAAAAAUCUCCAUAUGUUCCUGUAUGAAGAGGAGAAGUCUUAUAUAUGGAAGCUUGAAAAGGUAAAAGAUCAAACUCUGAAUAGCCUGCUGGACAGAGAAGCCACACUAAAAAUGCAGAUACAGGAAGUCAAGAACCACAUCCUGGAACUAGAGAAGAAAUGUCAAGGCUCAGCCCAGAAUCUGUUACAGAAUGUAAAAGACACCUUGAACAAAAGCUUGGCUAUCAAGAUGGUCAAACCAAAGGACAUUUCUUUGGAUCUGGAUACUGUGUGUAAUGUCUCUGAGCUUUACUUUGAUGUGACAAAGAUGUUAAGGCGCUAUCAAGUCAGUGUGAUUCUGGAUCCAGAUACAGCACAUUCUGAAUUGAUUCUCUCCAAGGAUCAGAGGCAAGUGACCCAUGGGAGUACUCAGAAGAAAGAAAUCACUCCACAGAGAUUCAGUAUCCUACCCUGUGUCCUGGGCUGUGAGGGCUUCACCUCAGGAAGACAUUAUUUUGAAGUGGAUGUGGGAGAAGGAACCCAGUGGGAUUUCGGAGUUUGUCUGGAAAAUGUGGAGAGAAAUGUUGACACAAUACAGGGACCACAGUCUGGAUUCUGGGCCAUCCGACUGUGUAAAGACAAGAGUUACGUCGCCCUGACCUCUUUCUUAACUCCCCUCCGUCUGAAGGAGUACCUUGAGGUUAUAGGGCUUUUUCUGGACUAUGACGCUGGAUUUGUGUCCUUUUACAAUGUGAAUACUGGCUCCCAUAUCUACACCUUCCCAAAGGCAUGUUUCUCUCAUGCUCUCCGGCCCUAUUUCCAGGUUUAUCAUUAUUCUCCUUUGUUCUUGCCUCCCCCAGAUGAGUAACAGAAGAGCAAAAUUUUCUUCUUGGUUAAUACCCAUAGAGAAUAUUAUGUAAA